GAUUACAGAAUCACUUUACUUACACACAUAGAGAGGAACGGGAAAGUCUUGUCAAAACGUACCUCAAGAAGUCUGGUGUACGUAAGUGACCAGGGGAGCGGAGAUCAUUUUCAUAGAGACUCUGGCCGCUCAUGUACUAUGAGUCUGGAUGAAGAUGCUCGCUGGCUGGAGUGGGUGACCAAACAGUUUGAGAGUAUUGCUGGCGAUGGCAAAGAGAUUGACUUGGAAGAGUUUAAAACGGCGCUCAAAGUUAAAGAGUCCUUCUUUGCGGAGAGGUUUUUUGCUCUCUUUGACUCGGAUGGCAGCAGCUCCAUCAGUCUGGAUGAGCUGCUGGAGGCCCUCGACCUCCUCAUCAACGGUUCUGAGACUGACAAGCUGCGCUUCCUGUUCCAGGUUUACGACGUGGAUGGCAGCGGCUCCAUCGACCCUGACGAGCUGCGGACGGUGUUGAAGUCGUGUCUGAGAGAGAGCGCCAUCUCUCUGCCAGAUGAGAAGCUGGACGACCUGACUCUUGCUCUGUUCGAGUCGGCUGAUAAGGACAACAGCGGCUUCAUCACAUUCGAGGAGCUGAAGGCUGAGCUGGAGACCUUCCCAGAAGUCAUGGAGAACCUCACCAUCAGUGCAGCUAACUGGCUGAAGCCCCCUAAUGUGGAGCAGCGGAGGAUUCGGCACACGCCGCGCUACCUGACGCGAGCCUAUUGGCUCAACAACAGCCGCAAGCUGCUCUUCCUGUGCGCCUACGCCAGCCUCAACCUGACGCUGUUCAUGAUGGCCAUACUGCAGAACGCGGCCGGAGGGAUCUGCUUCAUGAUAGCCAAGGGAUGUGGACAGUGCCUCAACCUCAACUGCACCUUCGUCAUGAUCCUCAUGCUUAGGCGUUGUCUAACAUGGCUCCGCGCCACCUGGGUGGUCCGUGUGCUGCCACUGGACCAGAACAUUCUGCUGCACCAGAUCGUGGGCUACGCCAUCUUCUUCUUCAGCCUCGUGCACACCACCGCACACAUCAUGAACUUUGCGCACCUCUCCCAGAGCAGCGGCAGCACGUUCAGGAUGUGGGAGUACCUGCUGACCACGCGGCCUGGGAUUGGCUGGGUCCAAGGAUCCGCCUCCGUCACCGGCAUCUUGCUCCAGCUCAUCAUCGGCCUCAUGGUCGUGUGCUCCAGCACGUUCGUACGCCGCAGCGGCCAUUUUGAGGUGUUCUACUUGUCCCACCUGUCCUACGUGUUGGUGUGGGCGCUGCUCAUUGUUCACUGUGCCAACUUCUGGAAGUGGUUUGUGGUGCCAGGAGUGGUCUUCCUGCUGGAGAAGAUUGUGGGCAUCGCUGUGUCCCGUAUGGGGGGACUCUACAUUGUUGAGGUCAACUUACUGCCAUCCAAGGUCACCCAUCUUGUGAUCAAGCGCCCGCCUUUUUUCCAUUUUAAACCUGGAGACUACGUCUACCUCAACAUUCCAGCCAUCGCCAAAUAUGAGUGGCACCCCUUCACCAUCAGCAGUGCCCCAGAGCAGCAGGACACCAUUUGGCUCCACGUGCGCUCGAUGGGCCAGUGGACCAAUCGACUCUAUGAGUUCUUUAGACAACCGGACCUCCAAGCGGUCAGCACCAAGAGGCUCACCACCAGCCUGAGGAACCGGCAGAACCAGAGGACACAGAUUUCUGCAAAGUUGAGUGAGAACCACAGAUUUUGUAACAUAAAGUGUUAUGUGGACGGGCCGUAUGGAACCCCCACUCGUCAGAUCUUCACUUCGGAGCACGCUGUUUUGAUUGGCGCUGGCAUCGGCAUCACCCCCUUUGCUUCCAUCCUGCAGAGCAUCAUGUACCGGUAUCGCAUGAGGAAGCAGAACUGCCCCAACUGUAACUACUCCUGGUGUGAGAACAUCAAGGACAAUGAGAUGAAGCUCAGGAAGGUGGAUUUCAUCUGGAUAAACCGGGACCAGAAGUCCUUUGAGUGGUUUGUGAGCCUCUUGACCAAGCUGGAGAUGGACCAGGCUGACAUGGAGCCUGAGGGGCGCUUCUUGGAGAUGCAUAUGUACAUGACCUCUGCUCUCAGUAAAAAUGAUAUGAAAGCCAUUGGCCUGCAGAUGGCGCUGGACCUGCUGGCAAAGAAGGAGAAGCGGGACUCCAUCACUGGCCUGCGCACACGCACCCAGCCUGGCAGGCCUGAGUGGAGCAAGGUGUUCCAGAAGGUGGCGCAGGAGAACAAGGGGAAGGUGCACGUGUUCUACUGCGGUUCUCCAGUUCUGGCCAAGGUCAUCAAGGCCGAGUGUGAGCAUUUCGGGUUCCACUUCUACAAGGAGAACUUCUGAGCAGUUGCAGGGCCUACGCGCUGUGUUCAUCUCAGAUGGCCGGCAUGUGUCUGUGCUAGAAAUCCAUGUGGUGUUGUUCCUACGUGUGUCUGUGCUAGAUAUCCAUAUCAAUCAAUCAAUCAAUCAAUUCAAUUGUAUAUAGCGCUUCUCUAUAUACCCGAAGUCGCUUUACA